CUGUAAGACGACAAUUUUGAAGAUGCUGCUCCCCUCUUUUGGUGUCCUCGCUGCGGCGAGCAGCUUGUUCUCGCUAGCUGCGGCGCACAACAUCCAGAUGAAAGCGUACAUGCGGGAAUGCUUCCACGAGCAGCUUCACAAGGACGACAAGAUGACCGUGACUUUCCAAGUUGGUGACAGGGAAUUUGGAGGAAGCGGAAACAUUGAGAUUGAUUUCUGGAUUGAGACUCCCUCCCGUAACUACCAGAUUCAUCAACGCGGCGUAUCCUCCGGCGACCAUUCCUUCACUGCAACCGAGGACGGAACAUACACAUACUGCUUCAACAAUGAGCAUUGGGGUGCAAACACAAAAGAGGUGUCCUUCAACGUGCACGGAAUAGUAUACGUUCCCGAAUCUGAGGCUCCACAAGAUCCUUUGGAGAAGGAGGUGCGAACUCUUUCCGAGCUUGUCUCGCAGGUCAAGGACGAGCAGGGUUAUAUCAUUGUCCGCGAGAGAACACACAGAAACACUGCCGAAAGCACGAACGCGCGAGUGAAGUGGUGGAGUGUUGCCCAGCUGUUUGUUCUCAUCGGCAAUGGAGUCUUCCAAGUUUGGUGGUUGAAGAGGUUUUUCGAGGUUAAGCGUGUUGUUUAAGCGAUUUGCCGUGAUGGUACACUUAUGUCCGAUUAUUUUCAAUCUUAUAAGGCGGCUUGAUACACAGGACCCAAUCAGCUGCAUCAGUUUGCUGCUUAGGCGUUCAUACGCUUCCGCAAACCAGGCAUGGACGGAGUAAAGGCAGUGUUUACGAGUGAAAGCUCACCUCAAGCAAUGCAUCGGUUGCUAUUCUUCCUCAGUGAAAUCACCGCAUCCCUAAAUGUACUCUUCACAGUGACUCACUCCUACAUAGCAGUUGCGUGCGACUUAUUACUUGCAGUCUUCUUCACAAAUUUUUUUUCAAAAUUGUUUGUUUACACAAACUGAG